ACUGUUCGCUCGCUUCUCAUAGCAAACACCGCCAUAUUGUCACAAUCAGGAAAACACUUAGGUGAUCGUCUCAUAUUUCCUAUUGUAUUUAUUGAUGGAGGAACGUUUACUCCUAAGUGCGUAUUCUUGAGGACAGACGGGACAAUUUCAAUUACCCGGAAGGAUCCUAAAGAUACGCCUCCCCCAACUAGAGUUGAGACACGAGAAGAAAGGCUUUUAAGGAAACGAAGGGAGAAAGCUGAACAAAUGCAAUAUAAAUUAGAGCAAGAAAUUGCUCUGUGGGACCCGCACAAUAACGAACAAAGCACGGGCGAUCCUUAUAAAACUUUAUUUGUGUCGAGAAUAAAUUAUGAUACUUCAGAGUCAAAGUUGCGGAGAGAAUUUGAAAUUUACGGACCGAUUAAAAAGAUUGUUUUAAUUCACAAUGUUAAGACUGGCAAGCCUCGAGGAUACGCAUUUAUUGAGUAUGAACACGAGCGAGACAUGCACUCUGCGUACAAGCACGCUGACGGUAAGAAGAUAGAUAACCGCAGAGUACUCGUUGAUGUUGAGCGUGCUCGCACAGUGAAAGGAUGGUUACCUCGGAGACUAGGUGGAGGAUUAGGAGGUACCAGGCGUGGUGGAUCGGAUGUCAAUAUUAAACAUUCCGGCAGAGAGGAUGAUCGUAAACGUGGAAGUGGGAGGGAGGAAGACCGUGUCGAUCUCAAGUCAGCUGGGCGUGAUGUCACCGCGAUUACCAAUGAGCGUGAGCGUCCAGAGCGAGGAGACAGAGAGCGUGAACGUGAGAGGAGGCGUUCACGCUCCCGGGAGAGGGAACGUGAACCCAGAGACAGACGAAGAAGAUCGCGAAGCCGAGACCGUAAACGUCGAAGAACGCGUUCCCGGGAAAGAGGGGCAACAGCACCCGAAGAAGGCGAUGAAAGGGAGAGAAGGCGUCACAGAUCCCGUUCCAGAGAUCGCAAGAGGAGAUCCAGAUCUAGAGAGAGGAAGCACCGUAGAGAUAGGGAUAGAGAGCGUAGGGAACGUGUACCUGGAGAAGAGGGUGAAGAAAUCGUUAAGAUUAAGCAGGAGCCUGAAGAUGAUUACCCAGAGUAUGGCAGCACUUACUACAACAAUUUCCCUAUGAAGGACGAAGAAGAACGGGCAAAGAAUGGAACAAAGUUUGAGGAGGAGGAGGAAGCAAAUAAUGAAAUAGAUUAUUAAAUAUACUUCGUUUUAUAUUAUAUUGAAGGUACUAGAUUUACAUACUGUCCGUGAGUGCUUCAUUUGGAAUUUCAGCAGUGAAUUCUGGUCAGUUUAGUUGUCAUUUUUCGUUGUUAGAAUACAAGACAGUGAAGUAGUUUACAUUGAAUUUCUUUGUUCUUUUUGCAAGACCUAGUCAUAACAUUGGUAAGGUUCAGCGAGACAGUAGGAAGAUUUAUUUUCCUGCAGAUGUCAGUACAUCUCAUUAAUAUGCCAGUUAAGGUUCUGAUUUACCAUUGGCUGUGUGCCAUUCUUCCAUCCAUUAAGGUGCCCUGUUUCUGUACCAGAAUAGAAUCUAGGUUUAGUAGUCUGCAUUAAAUUUGUGCAAGGAUAUUGGUCUUGCUAUUGGGGCAUCCAACUUUGUUUUAUAAUCAAGGUACAAAUAUUAAAAAUGAAGUACUUUUGGA